UUUUAUUUUAUUUUAUUUUUUUUCAUAUAUGGCUAAAAAAGAGAAAAAAGCGGGUGUGAAUCCUAAAAAUAUUCAAGCCUUUGAAAGACUUAAUUUUUUACAUCAAGCAGCUGUGUUAAUGUCAACUAUUCAAUAUGAAUCAAAUCAAAAUGAUAACAAGAUGAAUAUAGAUCAAUCGUGGCAAGGUGAUCCUAAAGGCACAUUACAUGCCACAUCACGCUAUUUAAAUAAUAAUCUGAAGCAAAUUACAGCUAAAUUAGUAAUGAGACUAGAUCCAAGUGUAAAAAGAACAAUAUGUAAACGCUGUGAUACACCUUUAUUACCUGUCAUAACUUCAACUCAUCGAAUUCGAUCUAAGCCUGUGCCUACAAUGAUCCAAACAUGUAAAAUAUGUAAAGCUAAAAGAAAAUAUACCUCUCAAAAACCAGAUUAUGAAUUAUUUAGUGAACGAUCUGAUGUUAAUAAUGAUCAAUAAUUAUUAUGAUGUAAAAAAUGUGUCAUAUAUUUCUAUUUUUUUUUUAAAAAAAAAA